AAUUUAGCCAUCAAACAUCUGAUCUCUGAUCUCUCUGACAAGACUCCACUAUAAAAGCCCUAGAUUUAAUACCUCUUUCUUCACAGGAUACGAAGAUAAAACUCUUCCUCAACACCCUUCCCGGUCUCAUCUUCUAGAUCUCUUCGUCUCGUUCCCCCGUCUCUCUUCGUAUAUAUACUUAUUUUAUAUAGGCAAAUCCAAAGCCAUACACGUAAGGCCUUUUUUGGGUUGUUACACAGAAGAAGUCAUGGAUUUCCUUCACAAGCUUUGGGACGAAACAUUUGCCGGUCCGGGACCCGACACCGGCCUUGGCAAACUGCGAAAGUAUGAUUCAUUUUCAGCUAAACCAUCGCCUUCUAUGGUAGCCAAUGAGGUGCCGAUAACUCGCAGCAUUACCAUUCUCAGGUCUAAGUCCACUUUUAGAAAUCUUUCGGUUGAUCCCGGUUCGGCCGCAGAGUCUCCAGCCGUGCCAAGCACCACUGGGACACCACUCACACCGGGGACACCAGGCGGAGAUAACAAGAUAUUUACGAGGAUAAAAUCGUCGGGUGGGGCAUUAGAACAGGCCGCUGAUCAGCCAAGAAGUCCGAACACUUACCAAUAUAUUGGUUCUCUCUCUUUUAUAUUUAACUGCAUGGAAAAUGAUAAAUUAAGCUAACUCCAAUUCCACAUACAAGUACUCUUAACCGAACUUGAUAUAUAUUAAAAAACUACAUUUUUUCAUUUGUUUUUAUUUUCUAGGUAGGCAGAAAUCAAACCUAUUUUGUUCGUUGCAAAUAUAUUUGUAAUGGGGUCCUCCUGAUGUUUUAUUCCUAUAUAUAUAUUACGUUCUUUGCAGGAUCGUGAUCGAUCAGUGCUUUGGAUCGUUGAGAGAGCAAGUGAAGAUUUUGUUUCAAAUAUAUAUCAGUCGUAAUAUGUUUUAAUAUGUACAUAUAGAUCAACCCUUAGCCAUAUGGUUAGCUCUUAUGCAUCUGCAUGUAAAUAUAACCACUAAGUCGAUACAAGUACGUACUGAAAAUAAUAUAAUGGUUCCAGUAAAUAAUGGUCGUCGCAGGCCAAACCAAUGCUCUGAUUACCAAUUAGGAAGAAGCAGCUGAUUACCAAGUUGCAUGAAUCUGAUUUUUCCGGGUA